CUCCUCGGGCUAUAAUUUCCAUUUUUUGAUUAUUUUUACAGUGGAGGUAAAAUUUGUAAACAUUCGCCUUUUCUUCAAAGCGUGUGCCCAUUGCUCCAGUACCCCUAAUUGUUUCAGUAGAUAUUGACUUUAAUUUUAUUUUAUCGGCCAGGCUAUUUUUAAUUAAUGAAAUUUCUGCCCCACUGUCUAGGAAUGCAUAAGCCUCAAAUGAUCGAUUAUUUACCCCAGAAUUUAUGUUAGUUUUAAGCACGUGAAAGAUUGUUUGUUCAUUUUUCUCACCCCUUUUUUCAUUUUGAGAGUGUUGAAUAAUUACGUCAUUUUCAUCGUCACUUUCCUCAACAUUCGAAUCGCUCUCUUGGACGUUAGCCAUAAUUUUUUGCUGCUUGUCCAUUUUUGUAUUUGUUUUCAUUGGUGCGUGCGAUCUAUAUUGAAAAUUUUUAUUUUCACCGAUUUUUUCUUUUCUUCUACAGAGAGCGGAACAGUGGCGUUUAUCUUUACAAUGAAAACACUCAAUUUUAUUUUUACAAUUAUUAGCCCCAUGUCCUAAUUUUAGACAUUUUAAACAAAGUUUUAGUUCGCGUGCUCUUUCAACACGUUUUUCGAUAUUAUUAUAUUUUUUACAUUGAUUGUCAUAAUGUGUAUCCGAACAAAAUGCGCAUUUUAAAUCAAUUUCUUUAUUGAAUGCGUACAUUACUGUCUGUUUGGGAAAAUUUCUUCGAUUUAAAUUUUGCCCAUAAUUUUGAAAAUUUGCUACCCUUUGGGUGGUUCUCCAGUGCUGAAUUCCCGAUCCAUUUUAUAUACUUCUUCUUUUAAUCGAACAGAUUUAUCGAGAAAAUCCCACAUCCCCUUUACGCUCAUAUUUGGUAUUUUAAUUUUUUCUUUGGCUAGCUCAGUGAGGGUCCAACGCGGUAAUUUGCUUUCUAUUUCAAUCAUUAUUUGUCUAUGUUCGAUUGAUUC